AUGGGACAAAGAGGAUGCGACCAAACGUGGAUGAAAGGACGGAGUGUUGUGUGCUUGAUCGCUAUGCUUCUGUGCGGUGUGGCAUCGGCUCAAUUAAGAUAUUCCAUUUCUGAGGAAGUUGAAGAAGGAACUGUGGUUGGAAAUGUAGCAAAAGAUUUGGGAUUAGAUAAAAGCACACUAAAAGGCAGGAAAUACCGAAUUGUAACUAGUGCCAUAGAUCCUCUUUUUAAUGUGGAUCAAAACGACGGGAUCCUGUACGCGAGAAGAAAAAUCGACCGGGAAGAGGUUUGCGAGCGGAGCAGUACUUGUACAAUAAAUCUGAAAACGGUGCUAGAAAACCCACUGGAAGUUCAUUAUGUUGCUAUAGAAGUGGUGGAUUUAAAUGACCAUUCUCCCACAUUCCCUGAAAAAGAGACAACACUGGAGAUUUUUGAGUCUGUGCUACCAGGCGUGCGAAUUCCGCUGCAACCCGCACGAGAUCCAGACAGUGGCCCCUUCUCUCUUCAGCAGUAUAAACUUAGCUCUAAUGACCACUUUCGUUUGGAAGUUAAAGACUCAGGAGACGACGGUAAAAUACCUGUACUGAUUGUUCAAAAAUCGUUAGACAGAGAGACUGCAGGAAGCCACACGCUCAUACUAACGGCCAUGGACGGGGGUAAACCUCCGAAAUCGGGUACUAUGAAUAUUCUAGUCAGUGUUUUAGAUGUAAAUGAUAAUGGCCCCAUUUUCUCUAAAGAUGUUUACACAGUGAUGCUUCAUGAAAAUGCUCCGGUAGAUACAACAGUCAUUCAGGUAAACGCAACAGAUUUAGAUGAUGGACCCAACGGGGAUGUGGUUUAUUCGUUUAGCAAUGGCGUGAAUCGUAAAUUCUUUAAGCUUUUUGAUAUUAAUCAGAAAACAGGUGAGAUCAUUGUAAAAGGGUUAAUAGACUAUGAGGAGAGAGACAGAUACGAAAUUGAAAUUCAGGCAUCAGACAAAGGCCUGCCUCCAAUGGCUACACAAAAAAGCGUGAUUAUUAAGAUAGUUGAUGUGAAUGAUAACGCACCUGAUAUAGAGGUUACAUCAUUUUCCAGCUCUAUCCCAGAAGAUUCCAGACCUGGAACUACAGUAGCGCUUAUCAGUGUAAAUGAUUUGGACUCUGGAGUGAAUGGAAAGGUUAUUUGUAGUGUAAUUGAUGAUGUCCCUUUUGUUUUAUCACCAUCUUUACAGGACAAAAUGUAUUCAUUAGUAACCAAGACAACUCUAGACAGAGAGAAACAGUCACAAUAUAUAAUAACAGUAGUUGCAAAAGACUGUGGCCAACCAUCGCUAUCAUCUGAAAACACAAUAAGUGUUACGGUGUCCGAUGUGAAUGACAAUAGUCCAGAGUUUUCACUCAGCCCAUAUACUUUCUAUAUUACUGAAGGGAACAGUCCAGGAGCUUCAGUGUUUUCUGUUAAAGCCUCUGAUCGUGAUGAGAAUGACAAUGCGCGCAUUUCCUAUCAUAUUAUCAGAGAUGGAAGUGAGGAUAAUAAAGUCACUUCAUUUCUAAACAUAAACUCUGAAAAUGGGGACAUUUUAGCGCUGAAAAGUUUUGAUUUUGAAACGCUGAAAACUUUCCAGUUCCAAGUUGUUAACUAG